UUCUUAUACAGUCAUUCUGAAGAUAAUGAAAGAUGGUAUAUAAUACCAAGAUUAAUUACAGAUGUGCAUAUCCUGAUACUGAGAAUUCUGGCCAUUGUCACGUUGAAAAGAAGAAACUAAACUAUCCAGUUUUAUGCCCUUACAAAAAUGGAUUUGUGAAAAGCAGCACCUGGAACACGAACUUGGAAAGCCAUGAUUGUGGUCUGCCCUUUUGCUUAAGGAACCAUGGAAACUCUGGCUCUAACCACUCUGUCACUGAUUUUGCUCUAUUAGAUAUUCUUGAAGAUUCUACCAGCAGUACUUCUGAAGAACUUCUAGAUUCCCCCAUUUCUGAUGAGCAGGAAACUAUGUCACCAACAUGGCAUCCAUCCAAUGUCCACCAUAUGGGAGACUUUUCUGAAGAAUAUUAUGUGGCACGUUCAGCAUUGCCAUUACAAACGGUGAACUCUGAUGCAAAUGGCGUUGGAGAUUUGUCCAAAUGUUCCACGGAAGAUAUGGCCCCUUCCUCUAUUGAGGGACCCAAAGAGAAUUAUGUUGACACUAUGGAUGAGCUUCAGUGUUUGGUAGAAACAGUGUCAGAAUAUUUAGCAGAGAAGGAAGAAGAGAUUAAUAGAUUUGGUUCCCUUUCAAAAACUAGAAAACCACAUGAACACAACAUUGCUGUUGAUAAUGCAGAACGGAAAACACCCGAGAAUCAAACAUCACCUUUAGCUGUGACCCAGAAUGCCAAGGCCAAGGCUGUAGUAUCUUUCCCUGAGCUGAAUGGAGUAAAAUGUGCUGUUGGUUCUUUAUUCAGUUCACUAACAGAGAAGGUAGGUUCAGGCACAAAGCAUCUUACAACCUCUGUGGAAAAAACUGGUUCAUUUAGUUCCAGAGAAAACAGAAACUCUUAAUCAAACAGAGGCAGUUAAUUUGGGAACUAGCCUGCAUACCAACUCAGUAUUCAAGACGGAUCUUUCUGCACAGUCUUUAUUAUCCCCCCAAACAACGGAUGAUAAGGAUGCUGACAGACACUGCAAACCCUCUGAGAUGAGCACCUGGGUGAGAAGACUAAAGGAGUAGGCUUCCAGGACACCACAGAAACUGUGAGAAAGGACUCAGCUCCACAGAGUCAGAGUUCAAUUGUGAAGUCUGU